AUGGUUCCAAGUGAAUCUAAACAAUAUGCUGGGAUUAUCCAACUCCUUCAACAUUUCAGAUGGACAUGGGUUGGAAUCUUUGCUGUAGAUAAUAGCAAUGGAGAACAUUUCUUAGGGACCAUGGAACAAUUGUUUUCCCAGAAUGGAAUCUGUUCAGCUUAUACACAAAGAAUCCCACAAUUAGCCCACUGGGAUAAUUUAAAAGAAAUACUUGAAAUAGCAUCAGACAUAUAUUUGCCCUUAAUAGAUGACAGAAUUAGUACCUUUAUCAUUUAUGGAGAAUCUUUGCAAGUGUUAUGGCUGGCUGCUGUUAUAUUUCUUCUCAAUGGAAUGAAGGAACAUCUGUCCUUUGGAAAAGUGUGGAUCAUGACUGCCCAGUCUGACUUUGUGUUAACAGGAAUGCAAAGAAAUUGGAAUAGCCAGUUGUUCCAUGGUGCCAUCUCCUUUACAAUUCACUCAAGAGAACUUCUAGGGUUCAAGAAAUUUCUUCAAAUCAUAAAACCUUCCUGGACUACAGGAGAUGGAUUUAUUAAGGAUGUAUGGGAACAAGCUUUCGACUGUUUGUUUCCAGAACUACUGGAGUUAAUGUCAGACAAUGAUGCAUGUUCUGGAGAGGACAGUCUGGGAAAUCUUCCUCAACCUCUUUUUGAAACCCAGAUGACUGGACACAGCUAUAGCAUCUAUAAUGCUGUUUAUGCUGUGGCACAUGCUUUGCAUGCUCUUUUCUCACUCCGAUCCAACCAAAAAAAUUGGGUAGCAUGUAAAAGAUCUUUAUGUCAAGGACUUCAAUCUUGGCAGCUCCAUCCAUUUCUUCAAAGCAUUUCAUUUAACAACUCUGCUGGAGAAACAAUUUCCUUUAGUGAAAGCAAGGAAAUAGAAAAUGGAUUUGACCUCAUGAACUUGGUCACCUUUCCCAACAUCUCUUUUCAGCGGGUAAACAUUGGAAGAGUGGAUGGAGAAGCACCUGAAGGAAAAGAAUUAAUUAUUAAUGAGGACAUGAUAGUUUGGCACAGAUGGUUCAAUCAGGUUGUUCCCAUUUCAAUGUGUAAUGAAAAUUGUCAGGCUGGUUAUCAGAAGAGAAAGAGUGAAGGAAAAAAGUUUUGCUGCUAUGAUUGUGUUCCAUGUCCAAAAGGGAAGGUUUCAAACAAGAUUGGUAAGUGUUAUACAGAUUGUUACAAAUGCCCAGAAGAUCAGUAUGCUAACCAUGAAAAAAGCAGAUGCAUCCUUAAAAGAAUAAGCUUUCUUUCUUAUGAAGAACCAUUAGGGAUCAGUUUAGCUUCAGUUGCUAUUUCAUUUUCCCUGGUAACACUAUGGGUGCUUAGAACUUUUGUUAAGCACAAAGAUAGUCCCAUUGUCAAAGCCAAUAACCGGGAUCUCAGUUACAUUCUCCUUGUUUGUCUUCUGCUCUGCUUUCUUUGUUCGUUGCUCUUUCUUGGACAACCAAGGAAAGUCACCUGCUCUUUUAGACAAUCUGCCUUUGGUAUUAUCUUCUCCAUGGCUGUUUCUUGUGUAUUGGCCAAAACCAUUCUUGUUUCUCUAGCAUUUAUAGCCACACAGCCUGGAUCAAAGGUGAGGACAUGGGUAGGGAAAAGAUUGUCUGUUUCCAUUGUCCUUGCUUGCUCUCUUCUCCAAGCAGGAACUUGUACCGUGUGGUUAUCAAUCUGUCCACCAUUCCCUGAGUUAGACAUGCAUUCAGUAAAUGAAGAAAUCAUUCUGCAAUGUAAUGAAGGAUCAGUCUCCAUGUUUUACUGUAUUCUGGGCUAUCUGGGUCUCUUGGCCUUUGCCAGCUUUGUCGUAGCUUUCCAUGCUCGUAAACUGCCUGACAGCUUUAAUGAAGCCAAGUUCAUCACCUUUAGCAUGUUGGCCUUCUGUAGUGUUUGGGUCUCCUUUGUUCCAACUUAUCUGAGUACUAGAGGAAAAGCCAUGGUGGCUGUGGAGAUCUUCUCCAUCUUAUGUUCUAGUGCUGGGCUCCUAGGCUGUAUCUUUUUCCCUAAAUGCUAUAUCAUUGUAUUUAGACCUAAACUAAACAACAGGGAACACUUAAUAAGGAAAAUGACUGAGUAA